UUACUACCGUCAAUUAUCAUUAUUGAAAACGUUUAAUCUCAAAUUUUAAAGAUUAGAUUAUAUUUUUACAGAGUGCAUUUGAACUAUGAUAGUUUAACAUUGUAUAAUGUUAAUGUGUAUCCAAGUGUAAAUGUUAUUUGCGUAAUUAAUAAAGUUAUUGUUCUUACUUAUGUCAGUAUUAUAAGUAUAUUUUUCAGUAAUUUUUAUGAAAUUUUUCUCAAGUAUUUGAUGAGAGGUUAUUUAGAUAAGAUAGUGAACUUCCGAUGGAGCGUGUUUUGAAAGCUGUUCCAGUGGAUUUGAGAGUUAAAAUGGAGGCAUUGGUGCAUGAUUUGACAUUAGCACUAGAAGAAAGUAGUAAUUCAUCAAAUAUUAGACGGCGGUGGGGUUUGAGAAGACGAGCUCGAUCUACGGGAAAUAUUCGUAAGUCAUCAUUGAAUACUAAUAAACACUCAGAUGAUAGCUCAUCUUCUGCUUACGGCGUACGUAUUCCGAAAGCUUCAUCAGUAUCAAAAUAUCAAUCCGAUAGUGAUGAUACUAAUAAAACUAAGAGAUUUGCUCGAUUUUCAAAUUUAAACAACAUAAGUAAUAUUGAAAGUGAUUCGGUCAAUGAAAACUUUGUACCAAAAAUCAACACAAAACGGAAAAGAAAAUUUAAACGGAUGGCAAUAGAUUCCGACUCAAACCCAUCGACGUCACAAACAGCUAUCACAUUCUUAGCGCAUUCUGUUGGUAAAAAGAAACGUGUUAUUCGGAGCAGUUGUGAAAAUAGAUAUAGUACAAUUUGGUGCGGAAAACGAAAAAGAUCAUGUCGUGACAAAUCAUUCGAUUGCGAAAUGAUUUCACCAAAACCACGUAAUCAAAAAUCUAAAAAUCGUGCUAAAAGCCAAAGUGAAGACGCAAUGGAUUGUUCAAGAAUUUCAAGUUCAAGUAUUUCAUCGAGUGAUUCAGAAGCUGGAAUUAUUACUAAUGAUGAGGAUAGAGAAGGUGAUGAUGAACAAUCAGAUUGGUUUGGUGAAUCUAACUUGUGGGAUGAUGAUUGUACAAAUGAUGACAAAAUACCAACUAAUCCAGCUUUCCAAUCAAUGCUACAAAGAAAUUUCGAACAUCUAACUGAUGAAGCUAAAAGGAAUUAUCGUCAAAGAAUUCAAUGGAUUCGAGAUGGUUUGAGUGGACGGGAAAUUCGCGCUGGACGCCGUCACGUUGACAACAAGCCUGGCUAUUCCAUUAUAACUUCUGCCAAUGAAAAAGUAUCGAGAUUUCUUCAAGACCCUUCUCAAAGUGAACUUAAAUUGCACCCGAUGCAUCAGCCUGAACGAGAAAAAUUACGAAGACUAGCUAAUCUUUACAGUCUCAAUUUAAAAGGUGACUUGAAUUGUCCAGUUUUGUAUAAAACUCUACAUACAACUCAAGCUAUUUGUGUUGAUCAAGUUUCUUUCAAAAGAUUUUCUGAUUACAAAAGACUGAGAAGAACCCCACCACAUUCACCAAACUUUGACUUAAAAAAUUCAAAUGAUGACAUUCAGGAAUCGUCAACUAAUGAUCCAACUGCUCCAAUUUUGCCGUUGCGAAAUCCAAUGCAGAUUCUUCCAGAACCAACAAAUUCAUUGGGGCCAUAUGACUCAUAAUUAAAACUAUUAGAUAUUUUAUUCAUGGAUAAAAUGUAAAUUGUUUUUUAACUAAUUCACAUUCAUAAUUCAUUUUAAUUUAUUUAUUUAAAAAAAAAUUUUAUCACAUUGUUAAGUACAAUUGCCAGCAAUCAACAAAUUACUUGACAU